CAACAAUUGGUAUCAGAGCAAGGGCUCCAAUUUGAAGGUUUAACCACCUAGGAGUUGAUCAAGGAUGGAUCAAUUUCAAGCUUCUCAACCACUUGAAGGUUUGUUUACCACUAAGCCUCCUUUCUUUGAUGGUACUAAUUAUAAGUAUUGGAAGAAUAGGAUGAAGGUCUUCAUGCUUGCAAAUGUGCCCAAGGCAUGGAUUAUGACUAUAAAAGGUCCAUAUGUGCCUAUGAAAGUAGUUGGGGAAAGUGAGGUGCCAAAGGAAGAAGUUGAAUGGAAUGAUGAAGACUUGGUGAAGAUCAUGAUCAACAACAAAGCAAUCAACAUGCUUCAAUGUGCUCUCAAUCCAACGGAAUUCCAUAGAGUUUUCGGGUGUAAUAUGGCUAAGGAGAUGUGGGACAUGUUGGAGAUGAAACCGGAGGAGAGCAUUCAAGAUAUGUGUACAAGAUUGAAUGAUAUAGUCACCAAUCUCAAGGCUCUUGGUAAAGUCUAUCCUUCUCAAGAAGUGGUGAGGAAGGUUCUUAGAAGCUUGUCCAAGAAUUGGGAAGCCAAGAAUAUCGCAAUUGAAGAGUCUAAGGAUCUCAACACUCUCAAGCUUGAAGAUCUCAUUGGAAAAUUGAUGACAAAUGAAAUAAAAGUUCAAGUUGAUUGUGGAGUUGUAGUAGUUGAGAAGAAGAAGAAGAAUGUUGCUUUCAAGGCUAGCAAUCAAAAGGAAGAGAGUGAAGAUGAUGCUAGUAAUGAUGAGUCUAGCAAUGAGGAGGACAUCACCAAAUUGGUUUCAAAGGAAGUGAAGAAAUACAUGAAGAAGAGCCUCAAAGGGACAUCCUCUAGAAGAAACAAGGAAAUUCACUAUUCUAGAGGAAGAAUAUAUAGUGAUGAUGAUGAUAGAGGAAAGCCAAGCAAGAAGCAUAUCAAAUGCUAUGAGUGCAACAAGAUGGGGCAUUAUAGAAAUGAAUGCCCUCAAUUGAAGAAGGGUGAAAGGAAAAACAAGAAGAGCAUGAAGAAGAAAGCCUUUGCCGCCACUUGGAGUGAUGAUGAUGCUAGCUCAAUGGAAAGUAAGAGCUCCUUGGAGAAUGGUGUUGCAAAUCUUUGCUUCAUGGCUCAAGAGGAUAGCAACAAUGAUGAGGAGGUAAACUUUAACUUUUCUAGUUCAAUUAAUGAAAGUUCUUUUGAGUAUUCUUAUGAUGAUUUAUGCAAAGUUCUUGAUUGCUCUAUGAAUGAUAUCAAGAAACUAGGAAAUAAGAAUCUUGCUCUUACUAAAACCAUGUCAUUGCUUAAAAGUGAGAUUGUAUCUCUUUCAAAACAAAAUGAGGUUUUAGUUAAAGAAAAUGCCUCUUUAGAUGGUGAAAUUGCAUCAUUAAAGAAUGAGGAGUCUAGUAAUGCUUUGAAAAAGGAAAAUGAGGAUGCAAAGAAGGAAAAUGAGGAUUUAAAGAAGGAAAAUGAGGUGUUAAAGAGAAAAGCUUGUGAUCUUGAGAAUAUGAUUUCCAAAUUUACCUUGAGUAAAGAAAAAUUUGAUUCUAUCUUAAAAUCUCAAAGAAGUAUUUAUGACAAAGAGGGCAUUGAAUUUGAUUAUUCUAAAAAGCAAAAGACUUUCAAGAAUUCUUUUGUAAGAGCAAGUCAAUCCUAUCAUCCUAAUGUUACUUGCUAUUGUUGUGGUGCAAAUGAACACUUUGCUUACGUAUGUCCUUUGAAGAGAUUGAUAGCUCAAGGUAAAGUGAAGCAAAUUUGGGUUCCAAAAGGAACUUUAAGCACUAACCCCCAUGGACCCAAGCAAAUUUGGGUAUCAAAAAUCAAAACUUAAUUUUGUUUUGUAGAUAUUACUUGUAUCAUAUUUACAUACUUGACAUAUGUGAAUGAUUAGAUUGAUUAUCUAUCAUAUAUAGUUCGUAAUGAGCUUUUGAUGGUAUAAGUGAUUUUCAAUGUCAUAUGUGUCACUUUGAAGAUGGUUGAUGAUUUGUCUUACUUAACAUUGUUUGUCUCAUUCAAAUUUACUUGUCUUAUUAUUUUCAUAAUUUUAAUGAUAGCACUUGGAAGUUAAGCAUGAUCUUAGGAAGAGUCUUACACUUGAAAGUUAAGUAUAUUAGGAAAUUUGUAUGUUUGCUUUUUGAUGGAUGAUUUUGAUGAUAUUUGAUUAUGUGCAAGUGUAUGUCAUGCACUUGAAUGUUUGCCUAGUCAUGGUUGAUUUCAAUGAAUAAAAUUUUUGAUAUUUG